AAAACACUCAACUCACCUCCUCAUCCGAUGCAUCUGAGCAAGGCUAUGCUACAAUAAUCGACUAAAUUUGGAACAAUCUCGUUACCUGUUUCCUCCUCUUCCUUUCGUGCUUCAACCCCACAAAGCAUCCCAAUGUCUACGAAGACGCUGGAAGCUCGCCUCGAGCAUCUCUCCGUUAAAGAUGAAAAUGAGUCCGGGAAUAAUGUGGGCGGGUAUACGAAGCAUAAGAGCUCUUUCUCAACAGCGGCCUCCCUUGCGGGACUUGGGACUUCUGCACCGUUGAAUAACGCCUCGAAUAGGUCCAACCUGCUUAAACUCGCUUUGCAAAACACCAAUGACAACAAGGUCAAUGCGAUGAAUGUUGGGUCUUCCCCCACAAAAGCCAAUUUACCACAGCGCAAUGUGGACGAGAACGGAGACCAGCGUCAUGCAGCACUUUACGAGCAACCGUCCCCCAAGAAAUUACACCUUGGAAUGUUUGAGAUUGGCAAGCCGCUAGGGAAGGGGAAGUUUGGUCGUGUUUAUCUGGCCAAGGAGCGAUCGUCGGGCUUCGUAUGUGCACUCAAGGUCCUGCACAAGUCCGAACUGCAACAGGGCGGGGUGCAGAAACAAGUCAGGCGCGAGAUUGAAAUCCAAAGCAACCUACGCCACCCUAAUGUGCUACGGCUUUAUGGCCAUUUUCACGACAGCAAGCGCAUCUUUCUUAUCCUGGAAUUCGCCGGCCGAGGUGAACUGUAUAAGCAUCUUCGCAAAGAACACCGGUUUCCCGAGUGGAAGGCUGCCCAGUACAUCGCUCAAAUGGCCGCUGCCUUGAAAUACCUGCACAAAAAGCACGUCAUGCAUCGAGACAUUAAACCCGAGAACAUUCUAGUGGGAAUUCAUGGUGAAAUCAAAAUCAGUGAUUUUGGUUGGAGUGUUCAUGCGCCGAACAACAGAAGGCAGACGAUGUGUGGUACAUUGGAUUAUCUGCCUCCGGAGAUGCUCAAACCUGGAUCGCAGGACAACUUUUACAGUGAAAAGGUUGACCUGUGGAGCUUGGGUGUGUUGACAUACGAGUUUCUGGUUGGAGAAGCACCUUUUGAAGAUACCCCCGUCAUGACGCAGCGAAGAAUUGCACGAGCAGAUAUGUCGGUCCCUUCCUUCGUGAGUUCCGAAGCAAAGGACCUUAUCAAAAGGCUCCUCGUGCUUGAACCAGAGAAACGCAUUUCUCUGGAUGAGAUCCAACGACAUCCCUGGAUUCUCAAACACUGCAUCAAGGAAGAGAAAACCAUGAAACGAGGCUCUGGGUUGUCUAAAGAUGGUAAAUCUUGAAGCGUUCACGCAUUUCCAGGGGUUUUGGUGUUGUAAUGUUAAUUCCAAGGGGGUUAUAUUGCACUGCAUGGGUGUUUUCUUUGUCUUUUGCUUCGUGUGGGUUUGGUUUGGAGUUUGGGGCCUGGCACUGGGCACUCCCCAGCCCAGAUAAAGGUGUUAUAUGGUCUUCCCAUGUGAGGAUAUUGAAU